GUCAACGUGUCGCGUUUCCAACACUUUAAACGUUUCCGACACUUCAGGACACUUUCAGACACUCUGAAUUUUCUUUUGAAGAUAAAUAGUGAAUUUAAACGAGACCGACGAAGUGUUUUGUUACUAUAAGAAAUGUUUUCCCUCUCAACCUUACUUUUUCCUUUCAAUAUCUCUAAAUCUCUAAAAAUAUAGCCUAAUCUACUAUCAAAACUGUAAAAUAUUGUGUUCUCUAACGUUUUCCCUGCGUUUUUUCACUUUUAGAAUUUGCGUUUCCCCGUGUCCAUGUCAGUGUCCCGUGUCCGUGCCUCGCCUCUAGGAGCACUAGUUGGACUUGGGCAGGCAUUAGGAGUGCCAGUCUAUGGCCAAUAUGGGACAAUGUUAGGCCUAGCUGAACGCUCUCCCGAGCUAUUUCCCCCUAGCCAACCUUGUACCUCUAGGCCGGUAGGACUGAUAGAACAAGGUGAAGCUUCGACUAGGCGACGACCUAUUGAGGUCGUCUGUAAAUUAGGAGGACGUUGAGAGUGUUGUCCGCUCUUUGCUGUCGGACGAGGAGUCCAUCACUUUGGAGGUUGAGGAUGAAGAGAUACCGUCCGACUCUGAUGAAGCGGCACUGGCUGAAUGGUACAUACCUCCAGAUGAGGCCGGUAGCGCUGCCGCUAUGGUGAUUGAUGCUGCCUGGGAGAAUAUAUGUAGGGAAAACAAUUUUCUUGUGAAGGGGCCUAUUUAUUUCGCUUUCCCCGACGAUUACUGGCUAGAACUACCGGCUGAAGGCGAUAAUAUAAUCGAUAGACCCUCUGGGUACGUAGCAAUAUAUGCCCACAUGCUAGAUUUCGGCCUGCGCUUCCCUUUGGACCCCUUUAUCGUUAAUAUAUUUAAAGCUUGGAAUAUCUGCCUGGCCCAGUUGAUGCCGUUAGGAUGGCGAAACUUAAUUGCUUAUGCCUGGGUAGUCCGAUAUAAAGGAUUCCCGGAGAUCCUCAACCUGUUCCGCAAACUUCACUGGAUUAAAGAGGACGGUUCGGCCAAGGGUAAAGGGAAAGGGAAACAAAGAGAUCCCGGGCUGAUGAAGGCCGGAGUGGUUGGAUGUCCUUAUAUACCAAGGCGGGCAAGUUGCCGGUUUACCCCAAACUCACUUCCUUGAAACACUGGAGGGAGCGCUUUUUCUAGGUAAGGGUGCCUGCCGACUUCCUGCUGCGCCGUCAGUGGACCAAACCCCGGUCCCGGAUGGAGCAUAUUCCUGAUAGAGGGUUGCGUGGCCGGGAGAGAGAGGCCCAUGACUUUUUCGCUGCAACAACCGUAUCGGCCCUUAAAGGAAAGAAAGGGAUCCCGGUGCCAUGAAAAUGGUUCCCCCAUGUCCAGUAUAUUUUGGGCAAUCCGACCCUUUCAGCGCUAGGUUUCUGCGCCGCCGACCCCCAUGGUUGGUUUCGUGGGCCGACUUGGUUUUUUUUGAUUCAAAAUUUAUCUACAUUGACUGUAGCGCUUACUGACGCCUUUGUUUUCACGCCGGGAGCAUCUCAUCAAGGAGGCGUUGCAUCUUAAUCAUAACUACGAGCUUAUCAGCAACAUGCCGCCCAAACCUGCUCGUCGUUAUGUUUCUAUUCCCACCACUACUGGUGGGCGUGGUGGACGAGGAGGUUGCGGCUCGGGUCGAGGGACCGGUAGCGACGAUGAUGACAGGGACAGCAUGCCCAUGAUCCGCCGAAAACCGAGCCAACAUGCUUUGGGGAAGCGCAAGGCUGAGGGCACCCCCGAAACCCCCCCCCCCCAAGAACGCUAAAGAGAUGGUCCUGGAGCCGGGGAACGGGGCCCAAAAGACUGCUACCGUCACACCGACUACUAAUGUCUCUUCCCCAUUGAUGAAGGGCCGAGUGGAGGAGGUCGGCAGUUCUUCCUUGCGACUAAGCAUCUACAAGCAGUUAACUCUAACGGCAAUGAUUCCGGCAUUGCGGGCCUUCGCCAAGCCAAGGAAGCCGGACUAUUUGGAGCGAUCCGAGGUGUAAGUAUCUGAGCCAUUUCAAAAGAGGUGGGCUCGCUUGCCUGUCAAGGACGGGUCUUUCUUCCAACCCAAGCUCAACGUCUUGGACGAUAAUCGAUGCUACUAGACCGUUCUUUCGAAGGCGGGAAUUUAGGGUACCGACUACUGAAGGGUCUGCAGCUGAAGUAUGAGCUGCCGGUCGACAAGGGGAAAGCUGCUGCUGCCGUUCACGCCCACAACUUGGCCGUGUCGGCGCAAUCCGGGAAAGAUCUCUAUGAUCUUUAUCGGCAUUUCCAAGGGGCCUAUCACUCUGAGCUGGAGGCCCACCAACUGACCGCUAAUCAACUAGCCGACAAGAAGUCGGAACUGGAGGCUAGUGAGGUAAAGAUGGUCAAGGCUAAGUCUGGCUUGACCCAGGCUAAAGCGGACUUGGAGGCCGCCACUAAGAAGGUCGCAGAGCAUUCCCUAACGGUGUCCAACAAAGACACUGAGAUUAAGCUGCUAAGGGAGCAAAUCACCGAGGCCACCGACCGAGAGCGCAACGCAGUGGUGGAGUACCAGAAGUCCAUGGACUUCGUCUCCCGCUUGCUCAACCGGUAUAGCAGUGGGUGGUCUGCGGCCAUGAGAUGUGUUAAACACCUUCCUGGACUUCGACUGGUGCAAGAUUGAGGAAGCUCAUGGUCGUGGUGACUUUGAACUCCCGGUUGAGGGCGAGGUCUUGGAUGCCGGCGUUACCGAAGCUGACAUCGCCAAUAUGCCGUCCCGCGGAGUGAGUUCGAAGGGGAAUAGGGUCAGGAGGUCGUCAACGCUGCCGCCAAUACUGAGGAGCAGAUAAUUGCUAACCCUGCUGUCGGUACUGAUAAGACAGAAGAACAGGUGGUGGUGGUUGACGGUUCUAAAGAAGAAGAGCGUGCCAAGUAGACACUUAGCUUUUGACCUUCCUGUAUUCCUGGCCGCCUGUGGCCGGUACUUUUUGAAAAUAGCUCUUAGGUUGUACUUUUUGAUAUUAUGAAAUGCAACUUUUGGUUCGUCCAUAUCAUCUUUGUGUCGUAAUUUUUAUUGGUUUGCCUUUUGCUUUUGCAUUAAUCAAACCCGACAUAUCCAUUAAGGUCACUGACCGGUUAAUUGUUUAUGCACUUUAAUUAUCCUGCAGAUCCACGAAGGUCAUUGACCGGUUAAGCACUUUAAUUAACUCAGCAUAUCCACUAAGGUCAUUGACUGGUCAAUUAAUAAUGAAAAUUUAUUUUAUUCGGUAGAUCCACGAAGGUCAUUGACCGGUUAAACACUUAAAUUAACUCAGCAAGAUCUACUAAGAUCAUUGACUGGUUAAUGCAAAAUUUUAUCCGGCAGAUCCACGAAGGUCAUUGACCGAUUAAGCACUUAAAUUAACUGAGCAGAUCCACGAAGGUCAUUAACUGGAUAAUUAGUAAUUCAAAUUUAUUUUAUCCGGCAGAUCCACGAAGGUCAUUGACCGGUAUGCUUGGACAGUUAGGAGACUUUAGAAGAUGCUCAUUUUAUUAAAUAAAACGGCUCUUCCCGGCUGUGCCGGAUUUAUGGCCUAUAACAAGUAAGAAUGUUAAUAAAGAAUAAAUCCUACUGGCAACAACGCCUGUUUAUUAACUACAUGUAGUAUCUUUUUAGGACACUAGCAUUCCAGCUAUUCUUCAGCAACUUGCCCGACAUGUCUUCAAGCCGGUAGGAUCCGAGGACGAUCUCCUCCUUGACUAAGUAGGGACCUUCCCAAUUAGCCGUGAGCUUUUCGUCCACAUGUGCUUUCCCAGUUGCUGUUGUGCGUCUGAGUACAAAGUCUAUGGGGAAAUUGGUCUGCUUCGUACUCGCUUGUUGUAGGCCUUGCUUAUCUGGUCUUUAUAUGCGGCCGACUUGAGUUCAACUGCCAGCCUAACUUUCGGUAGAAGGCCCAGGUCUUCCUUAUGCAGUUGUCCAUUCAACUCUGGAUCAUAGUUUAGGAUUCGCCAGUUGGGCAAGCCUACUUCUACUAGUAUUAAUACCGCUUCUGCCCCAAAGGGUAGUCUGAAGGGAGUCUCGCCGGUAGCUUCCUUUUUUGUCGUUCUGUUGGACCAUAGCACGGCCAUAACCAUGUAUGCCCAUGCUGCUUUUAGCUCAUCCAGCCUUUUCUUUAGUGCGUUGAGGAUCUGCUUGUUGGCGGCAUCUGCUUGUCUGUUGCUCUGUGGGUGGCAAACCGACGAGUAGGCAAACUUUAUGCCGUAUGGCCGCAGGAAGUCUCUUUUGGGGCCGCAAUCGAACUGGACGCCAUGAUCAAUAACAAUUCCCAUAGGGAUCCCAAACCUGGUGAUGACGUUUUGCCAGAUGAACUUCUUUACCUGAUUGGCCGUUAUCUUGGCAGUUGGCUCUGCCUCAAUCCAUUUUGUCAAGUAGCCAAUACCCACAAUUAGGAAUUUCCUUCCCCCGGAGGCCGGUAUGAAAGUGACUAUUAUAUUCAUCCCCCAUUGAGCGAAAGGGAUUCGGUUCAGGAUUGGUUGUAGAUCAUUUGCCGGCUGGUUGAUAACCGGUGCAAACUGUUGGCACUUGUCGCAUCUCUUGACGUAGGCCUGGGAGUCCGUCAGCAUACUUGGCCAGUAGAAGCCUGAUCUUAAUGCUUUUAGUGCUAGCGCUUUUCCGCCGAUAUGGUUCCCACAAAUUCCUUCAUGAAUCUCCUCAAUUAUUUUCGUGGCCUCAUAGGCCGUGACGCACCUUAGUAGCGGGAGUGAGAAUCCUUUUUUGUAUAGCUGGCCCUGGAAUAUGCAGUACCAAGAUGAGUCCCUUUUAAGCUUUUUGGCCGCCAUCUUUUCCUCUGGGAGGGUGCCUGUCAGUUUCUAGGCCAAAAUGUCAUCAUAUCACUCCGGACUCUGGCCUACGGUGUUGACGGUGGAUGAGGGAGUGUCGGUGCUCCGCUCCCCCAAAGUAUCUACCAUGAAAUCUCGCUUCUUGUCAUUGACACUUGAGCUUGCUAACUUCGACAAGGCGUCGGCCGCCAUGUUUUCUGCUCUUGGUACCAGCUUGACCUCAAAGCUCUGUAAUCCGGCCGCCAUGUUUUUGACCCUAUUAAGAUAUUUCUGCAUUACCGGCUCCCGGGCUUCAUAUGUUCUUUCGAUCUGGCUCGAUAUCAGCUGCGAGUUUGUGGUCAUCAGGACUUUCUUCGCGCCAGCAAUGCUCAGACUUAGUCCGGCCAGGGCUGCUUCAUAUUCUGCUUCGUUAUUUGAGGCCUUGAAAUCAAACUAAAUGGCGUAUUCAAAGAUUUCCGUUCCGGGGAUGUCAUCACUACUCCUACCCCUGCCCCACUCUAGGCCGCUGAGCCGUCGACCUCUAUUUGCCAGAUACCGGUGGACUCUGACGUUUCCGCGUAAUUGGUUUCGACAAUGAAAUCAGCCAGUGCUUGGGCUUUGAUGGCCGCGCCAGGCCGGUAUUCGAUGUCGAACUCAGAGAGCUGUAUUGCCCAUUUUAGAAGCCUGCCGGUCAUGUCGAGCUUGUGGAGAGCUUUUUCCAGAGGCUGGUUAAUGAGUACCUGGACGGUAUGGGAGUCGAAAUGUGGCCUCAACUUUCUUGCCGCGACCAGGACGGCAUAUGCCAUGUUUUUCAGCAGCUCAUAUCUCUGCUAUGCUCCAGCUAAUACAUGGCUCAUGAAGUGUAUGGGGCUCUGCUUCCCCUUCCUAUUCACCAGUAACACCGCUGCUAUCGUCUUCUCAGAUACCGAGACAUACGGCUGUAGCUUGUCUCCAAGUUCUGGCCGGGUUAUUAUUGGUAGCUUCUUGAAGUGUGCUUUUACCUCUUCGAAGGUCUGUCUCCGCUCAUCCCCCUAUUCAAACUUCUUAUAACACCUAAAGAUUUUGAAAAACAGCAGGGCUUUCUCGGCCAACUUUGAGACAAAUAUGGUGAGGGCUGCCAUCCUUUCUGUCAGCCUCUGAAUGUCCUGGAUGCUCUUUGGCUCCGGGAGAUCGCUAAUGGCCCUAAUUUUGUCGGGGUUGGCAUCUAUGCCCCUUUCGCUUACCAUGAACCCUAGGAAUUUGCCGGACCUCAUCCUAAACACGCACUUUUUAGGGUUCAGUUUCAUCUGAUGCUGCCGGAGGGUGGCAAAGGUUUUCCUCAAGGUCAAUGAUGUGCUCCUCCUCUGUUAGGCUCUUGACUAUACUGUCAUUUUAACGGUUCCCUCUGUGACGACAGAUGCCCCUGUGAAACCGAUAACGGGAUAUGAGACCGGCUUCAGACAUGCAGUUUCAAAGCCCAUCUUUUCGAAUGUCUCCGUGUAUAAGAUGUUGGCGGAGCUUCCCCGAUCUACCAGCACGCGAUGCACUAUUGCGGUUGAUAUCUGGAGAGAUACUACAAAGGGAUCAUUGUGGGGGUCGACAAUUCCCUUAGCGUUCUCUGACGUAAAAGCUACGGACGGCAUGGUUGGUGGUGCCGGCCAUUUCCCUGUGUUGUGGUAGUUCACUUGGUGCCUCAUUUCUUUCAGGAUGGCUUUGGCACCGUGUAUGCUACCUCCUCGUGUCGGCCCUCUAGUUAUGACAUGGAUUUCAGUGAUCCUGUCCUUCACUGACCUCCUGUUACCGUUUUCAUCUUCCCUAGACAGGGACUUCGGGUCGAUCCUCGCUUGGUACUAGGUGAUGUAGCCUCUUAUGAUGAGGUCUUCGAUCCCGUCCUUGAGGUCUUUACAAUCAUCUGUUACGUGACUGUAGUCCCUGUGAAACUCACACCACUUUGAUUUAUCCCGGCCCUUGUAAUACAUCUUUGUGGGCCUCUGCCACUUGUCAUCCUUUUGACGCAGUUCGUAUAUCUGAGCCCGGGAUAUUGUUAGAGGAGUGUACUUGUGGUAUUUGUGCGGUUGACCUUCAUGGCCCUUCUUCACUGAGUUACUUUCCUCCCUUUUGUUGGAGGUGUCCGGUUUCUUAUCUUUCCGGUACUUAUCGUCCUUGCAGUCUUUUUCCUUAUCUUUCUCCUCUGCUAUCGGCCUUUUGGCGUUUGACACUUUGCUAAAUUCCUCCCCCCGGAUGAAGUCAUUCGCAUUGGCCCUUGCCUAAGACCUCUGUUAGGCUUGUUAGCUUUUUACGACCUAAAUAGCUUCUGAAGGGAGUUCCUUCCUUUAAACCCGUCAUAAGGGCUAGGACGGCAACUUCUUGCUGCAGAGUUGGGAUGGUGACGGCUUCUGCGUUGAAACGUCCUACGUAGCCCCUCAAACUCUCUGUCUCCCCCUGCUUGACCGACAUCAGCUUGCCAGUAGUCUUCUCUCUGCGUUUGUUACUAACAAAGUGUGUAACAAACAUGGAUGUAAGCUGGCGAAAAUUGAACACUAUUGCUGGCAGUAUGCUCUUGAACCAGGUCUGGCCUAGCCCAACUAGUGUAGAGGGGAACACCUUACACCACACUGAGUCAGUGUCGGUAUACAACAGCAUGUGCCUUUCAUAGGCCGAUAUAUGAUCCUCCGAGUCAGUCUUGCCGUCAUACUUACAUGUCGGCAUUGUAAUCUUCUCCAUGGGCUCUUGAAGGAUAGCAGUGGAGAAGGGUGAGUUCCGUAGGGAUACCGGCGGUCGCCGCCUGUAUUGACUUCCCUUUCUCGGGUGGGAAGAAUGCUGCUGGACUUUUGUUUCUUGAGCUUCCUCUUCUUCCUCUUCCCCCACCUGCUCAUGGGGGUCUUGCAGUUGGCCACCUGAUCCUCGUCAUUCCGGCCUCGCUCUCCCUGGCGGCCAGUCCCGAGUGAACGAAGUUUUCUCACUGGGCUGUGGGCUCUGCUUAGAGGUCGCUUGACGGGGAGACCGAUCGGUGGGGUGUGGCUUGCCAUAGCCUGGAAGACUUCCGCAACACUCCUGAGCUGUUCUGGGGUGAACAAAUGCUGGAGAGUAUGAAAAAUACUCUCUUGAGGAGUUUCGGGAGUUUUCCUCCCUUUGUCAGUAGGUGGCCGAGUUUGUCCUACGGCCGACAGCGGGGUUCAGAAUCCUGGUGGAGUUUUCUCAAUAGGAACAUUAUUUUCAUCAGUUUCCGGCAUCCCAAAGUGCUGAUUAGGAUCCAUGAGGGUUGUUUUGUUUGCAAGAAAUGGCUUAGACUACAAGGUAUUGUUCGCCCCACCCUCUAGGGCCAAUUGUACCGGUAAGUCCUCAGUCAAUAAGUCGGUUCCAGUUCUUGCAAGAGAGAACACGUAAACUAGGCUCGCGGGUUGAUCCGAGGAACGCCCCUCCGAUGCCUAAGUCAGUAAUGGGUAAAACCGGUAGCUCUCAAGUGGAGUAUGAUUGUGUAGGUCAACGUACCUCAUGACUCCGAUCAGUGGAGUAUUUAUAAGGAUCCCGUCGAAGCCCGUAUCCAAGUAGGAUUCUUCUUCUAUUGGAAUAUUCCUCGGGGUAUCCCUUUGGGAUACUCUUUUAUCUUAUGCUGAACUUCUAUCUUUUAGGCCCGUAGGCCAUGGUAGAUGGAAGUUGGAUCAAGCCCAUGCCCUUGGUAAAUGGCCCGGAGAAGGAUGCCGGCUAGGCAUCUUAGUGGAACCGGUAUGAAUAAGUCAACGGUUCUGUCGUAGGUGUGUGUGACCACAUCAAUACUUAUCGGUCUAGGCAGACUGGUAUGGAACUUAGUGAGCCCCUAUACAACUUCCAAUCAUAAAGGAAUUCUUCAAGGCUUUCGAUCCUAAUAUUAGUGCUUUUACCAUAAAACAUCUCUAUCUUUUAUAGGUUUUCUUUGCAAUGUUUUGUUGUAUAACGUAGUUAUCGUAGUUGAUAGAAUAUCAGAUAUAAUAUUAUUGGUAUAAUAAAAGUCUAGUAUUAGGAGAUAUGAUUUAAGUUAAUCUCUAUUCUAACUACUUACUUUAAUUAAAAAAUUUAAAAUUUAAAAAUAAAAAAGAAAACUACCUAAUUAAUUUUAAAAAUAAAAAAGACAUUACAAAAAUAAAACCAUCAAAAAUUCAAAUAUUCCUAAUUUAUAAGAUAUAAUUAACCAUUAAUUUAAUUUUCUACAUCCCCUAAAAAAAAAAAAAUUCUACGUAUUUUCGCACGUAUCGCGUGCAUAUAAAAACUAGUAUAAUAUAAUUAGGAGAUAUAGUUUAUCUGUUGUACAACUAGGAGUCUAGUUAGAUAUAUUUUAGGAGUUAGUGUUUAUAAGGUUUCCUAACCUUGUAGUAUAUAUAUGUGAUUGAAUAAUGAGAAAAGGUGUGACCAAUAUUGAGAUUGGUAUUGUUUGCCAGACAUAAACUUAACAUGUUUGUCUUCUUUGGCCUUCAUUAUGAAAUCAUCUGAAAUAACAAUUAAAGGAGAAGCUAAACUUACUUAACACACGUUCUCAUAUACAUUUUCCUCAUAUGAAAUUUUAAAAUAUGAUUUCUUUCCAUGGAAUUAAACUGUUUUCCUGCCUCUAACUUCAUAUAUAUUUUGAAAUUGUGUAUCAGGUGUAGGAAUACUUUCUGUACCAUAUGCAUUAGCCUCAGGUGGCUGGUUGAGUCUACUGUUGAUUUUUAUUGUCGCAAUGGCAGCAUUCUACACAGGCCUACUCGUAAAACGAUGUAUGGAAGCUGAUCCAAGCAUAAGAACUUACCCGGAUAUAGGGGACCGAGCAUUUGGGAAGAUAGGAAGAACAAUUAUAUCGGUGUUCAUGUGCUCCGAGUUGUACUUGGUUGUAACAGGUUUCUUAAUCAUGGAAGGAGACAAUCUUCAUAACCUUUUUCCUGAAUUGACAUUGAACACUUAUGGGCUGAAACUUGGAGGAAAAGAGAGUUUUGUGUUGAUUAUUGCCCUAAUUAUUCUGCCUUCUGUUUGGUUAGAUGAUCUAAGUAUCCUUUCUUACAUCUCUGCAACUGGUGUGCUUGCUUCUGUUGUAAUUAUUGUGUCCAUUUUGUGGGUUGGCACAUUUGAUGGAAUUGGAUUUCACGGCAAAGGGGAUCUUCUAAAUUGGUCAGGCAUUCCUACUACUGUUAGUUUAUAUGGUUUCUGCUAUUGUGCUCAUCCUGUUUUUCCUGCCCUGUACCACUCUAUGGAGAAAAAGCAUCAGUUUGCUAAGGUACUAAUUUUGUGUUUCGUUUGCUCAACUAUUGCUUACGCUUCCAUGGCAAUAAUCGGGUAUCUGAUGUUUGGUUCUGAAGUUGAUUCGCAAAUAACUUUAAACCUUCCAACUGAUGCAUGGGGCUCCAAGAUUGCAAUCUAUACAACGUUGGUGAAUCCACUAUCCAAAUAUGCACUUAUGCUAGAACCUGUUGUGAAUUCGACUGAGAGUUGGUUUCCGGAUUAUCACAAGAAAAGAUACUUCAAAAUUCUAUUAAGAACAAGUUUGGUUAUCAGUCAAGUCACUGUAGCAUUGGUAUUUCCUUACUUUGGUAAUCUCAUGUCCCUUGUUGGUGCAUUUUUAAGCAUCAGUGCGUCAAUAACUCUUCCAUGCUUGUGUUAUUUGAAGAUUACAGGCAAUUACCUGAAGGGGGAGGGGAUAUGUGUGCUAGGCACAGUAGCCUUAAGUAUAUUGAUUGCAAUAUUUGGUACCUACACUUCUUUAGUACAAAUUAUACAAGGAACGACUGAAGUGGUGUAAGUUACUAAGCUGUUGUUAGACACCACAAAAUUAAUAAGAUUAUAUAAAUAUAGGAUUCGUUAGUGCAAUUAUUUCUAUAAAUUACCUUGUUUCAUGAAAAGAAGCACGUACCAGAUAAGGCUAGCUUGCCUCACUUGGCAAGAAACAUACCUUAGAUACUGGAGGUCUUGAGCUCGAAACAAGCUAAGUGAAAAUGUAUGGAGUGUAUUGGAAGUGUUUCAAAAUCAGUGGCUUAUUUUCAGGAAUUUAAUCAAUUGUUAGUUUGUGUUAGUAGAGUCCCAAGAUUCUAAGGUUGGUUUGUUAGUGGGAUUUGCAAACACAUUUUCUUUGUUAUUAGUGGGGCAUGUUUCCACUACUUUCCAUUGUUCAGUUUAUGUUAGCUAGUUUUUAGGUCAAGUAGUUUUUAUCAAGACGAUUUAAUGAUGUACUCUUUUAGCAUUAAUAUGCAAGUAAAAAAAAAGUAGUAAGCAUUUUGACUUGUA